CAUCACCGCGCCACCUUGCGUCACUAUCCAGCGCUUUCGUGAUCGGACGCGCAUUCGUUCGUUUUAAAUUCAUUCAUUCCACAGCAGAGAAGCAGGCGGCGCCGAUCGGUCUACAGAUGCCAGCAGUCCCGUAUUGUUUAACGGAACUAGUAGAUAUGAACCACUUUGAAAUGUUUGACAGGCUGUUGAAUUCUAUAGUGGACAGCCUAUUUGGAGAAAGAGAUACUCGCGUGAGAGGAUGGCUCCUGCUGGAUUCCUACACACCAACAUUCUUGCUCACCAUCACCUACCUCCUAACAAUCUACCUGGGAACAAAAUACAUGAAAAACAGACCAGCAUACUCACUGAAAAAUGUUUUACUGCUGUACAACUUCUCUAUUACCGUGUUGUCAUUCUACAUGCUUGUUGAGCUGAUAUCAGCAGUCUGGUCUGCUGGUUACCGUCUUCAAUGUCAGGGAUUGCAUGAAGCUGGUGAAGCAGAUAUCAGAGUAGCAAAAGUACUGUGGUGGUACUAUUUCUCCAAGCUGAUUGAAUUCCUGGACACCGUCUUCAUUGUGCUAAGGAAGAAAAACAGCCAGAUCAGUUUCCUGCAUGUGUAUCAUCAUGCUUCUAUGUUUAACAUCUGGUGGUGUGUCCUCAACUGGAUACCCUGUGGACAGAGUUUCUUUGGACCGAUGCUAAACAGUUUCAUCCAUAUCCUCAUGUAUUCUUACUAUGGUCUGUCAACCAUCCCAUCCAUGCACAAAUAUCUGUGGUGGAAACGCUACCUCACCCAGGCUCAGCUGGUUCAGUUUGUAUUGACUAUAACACACACAGUAAGCGCAUGGGUCGUUCCUUGUGGCUUCCCUCUGGGCUGUCUGAAAUUUCAGACCUUCUACAUGUGCACACUUGUCGUCCUGUUUGUCAACUUCUACAUGCAGACAUACAAAAAGAGAAGGCUGGAGGGUGGCAGAAUGGCUAAAGUUGGAGAACUUAAAAACAAUCAUUCGAAUGGCCUUUCAUCCUCUCUCAAUGGAGCCAACUCCAAACAGAAGCUGCAGUGAUGCCACGACAUGACCAAUAGAAUGGAUCGUCUCAGUCCAUUUAUGCUGAAUAUUUGCGUAAUAGCCAUGAUCAUCUGAAAAUCAAAUUCCAGUUUUUACAAUUAGAAUAGAACUUAACCAUUUUGUAUCUUUGUUUUACACAUCUUUGUUUUCCUUAAGUCUCAUAAAUGGAGCAAUGUAAAACGCUGUACAAUAAUUUUGAAGGGAAAAAUAUUUGUCCAACUAUUCAAAAUAAAUGCCUCUGUUAUAGAGUACAUCUACUUUA